CAUUUGGAACCCAAUUCAAUUCAAUUCAAUUCUGCGUGUAUGAAAUUCAAAUUUUUCCCUCCUCUGCGGCUAUGGAUCCCGAAUUCAAAUAGAAGCACUUUCCAGUGUGAGAAGAACUUUCCUGCUUUGCCAAGUAAAAAUGGCUAAGACGAGGUCAUUGCAAGGAGCAGAGCGCAGCCCCCGUACCAAUUCAAAUUUAUCACAAAACACAAGCGCCAUGGCGGAGGCUUCCACUGCAUCACACCUCGACAAAAUGGGCAGAGAACUCAAAUGCCCAAUCUGCUUGAGCUUGCUGGAUCAAGCAGCUUCACUCACCUGCAACCAUGUGUUUUGCAAUGCUUGUAUUCUAAGGUCUAUAAAAUCUGCAUCUGUAUGUCCGGUUUGCAAAGUGCCAUGUUCACGUAGAGAGGUUCGUCUUGCACCUCACAUGGAUAGCUUAGUUAUCAUAUAUAGGAAUAUGAAGAUUGCCGCUGGUGUUAAACUUAUUGGUUCAUCACCUUGCAUGCCAAAAGAUUCUAGAGAUGACCCAGACAAGGAGAAUAUAACUCCUUGUCAAAGUGGUCUCAAGCGAAAACUGUCUGUGAAAUCUGGGGGAAAGCCCAAGAAGGCUAAAGGAUGUGGUUUGAAACCUUCUCGAUUGUCAGUGGUUUCAUCUCAUCAAGUAAUAGAAAACACAACCACAGAAAAUAUUGAACGAGAGUUUCCUGCUCAAGCUAUUCCGAGUCCUCAUCAGCCUGUGAAGCAUUCAUUCCCAACAAAGAAGAGGGUUCAGGUCUCUUUAUACCCACCUGGUAGUGUUGAGGAGUCACCUCUUAGACCUGUAAGCAAGCUUUCCAACUCUGAAGAUAAGGUAUCCCAAAGUGAGGAAGGAGGUGUUAAUGGAAAUAUGCUUUUGACAAGUUUGGAUAAUAUGCAUUUUGAUUCUGAUGGUCAGACAUGUCUCCAAUCAGAACCUAGAGCAUGUGUGACUGUUCAAAAUUCCAUCAAAGAUGCUCCUGUGAAUGAUAGGGUCCUACUUGAUGAACAUGGGAAUCCUUUACUAGCGCCCUUUUUUUGGCUCAGAGAGCGUGAGAUUGAAGAAGCUGAUGGCACGCAGAUGCCUAAUUCUCAACCCACGCAGUUAACUCAAAUUACACAGGCAUCACCCACUGUGUGUCCAUCUUUUAGUGAUCUCAAGGAUUCUGAUGAUGAAGGUUACCAUCGAGAGCUUCAAAAUGAUGAACAUAACACUGGGAUCACAGUUCCUGACACCUUUGAUAGCGAGAUGUUUGAAUGGACUCAGAGGCCCUGCUCACCUGAGCUCAACUCUAGCCCAAUAAAACAACAGAUGCAGUCUCCGAAAGCAUCUGAGGUUGUUCAGUUGGCACCCAAGUUACUGGAAGGAGAUGGUGCAUUACUUGCCAAUGGUGUAAACAAGAUCCACGAGGGAAUUAUUCCAGUCAAUACUAUUGAAAAUGCAAAUGGAUCUGAUAUGGAAAGGAAGCAGGAAUCAGUUAAAGACAACAGUAAUAAAAAUGCUAAUGUUGAAACUGCAGGCUUGCCAAAUAAACCGUCCUGGAAAGAAAACGUUAAGCUUUUAAGUGGUGAUGAACAAAGUUGCCAUAAAAGAAAGAAAAGUGGAAAUGUUAGGCCCGAGACAGAAGCAGUCAGUGAAAAUGCAGUUGGCAAGAAGAAGAGAGGGAGGAAGCCUAAAAGGAUCAGUGACAGGAAUCUUCACUGUGAAGGGUUCUCUCAUGUGAGGGAUUCUGUUGUCAGCGGAGAUGCCAAUGAGCCUCUGCCGGAUUCAGAUAAGGAGUUGGCUUUUACAGCAGCUGAUAUAUUUGAUGUUAUGUUUGGCUUGCCCACAAAUAAGUCUGCAACUGAUGGUUCUGUAUCAAAGACAAAUGGUGACACCGAAAUUAGAGAUCAGGAAUUCCACCAUCCAUUAGAUAUUUCCAGUACUGCCCAAAAUAAAGUACGUGAACAUUUGGCUCUAACUUUAACACAAGAGUGCCAACAUGGUGUUGGAAGCAUUGUCAUUGGUGGUAAUUUAGAGACUACACUAGCUGACACAACUGAGCUGCAGCCAGAAGCCAUUGGAAAUUGUUUUGGAAGUGAAUCUAGCACAUUGAAGAAUGAAUUUGUCUGUGUUUUUUGUCAGACUUCUGGCGAUUCAGAGGCUGCAGGUCAGAUGAUGCAUUACAGCAAUGGAAGGGCGAUAACUAAAGCAAAAGAGAUGCCACCAAAUGUUGUACAUGUGCAUAAGUUCUGUGCCGAAUGGGCACCAGUUGUCUACUUCAAAGGUGAUUGUAUAAUGAAUCUUGAGACGGAAGCAUCAAGAGGCAUAAAAAUCAAGUGCAGUAUGUGUGGACUGAAGGGAGCAGCUCUUGGUUGCUGUUUUACAAAGUGCCACAGGAGCUUUCAUGUUCCUUGUGCACUAUCUAACACAGAGUGCAGAUGGGAUAUUGACGAUUAUGUUAUGCUUUGCCCUUCUCAUUCAUCACGCAAAUUUCCGAAGGAGAAAAAGUCUAAAACCUUGAAGCAAGAUAGCACCCUUUGUACAAGGGGGAAAAAGACUCGUACAGAGGCAACACCCUGCAGAGGUACCCAAAUCUCUGCUAGUAUUCUUGCAGGUUCCGAACCAAGGCAGAGAUGGACAUGGCCGUCAGGCCUGUCUUGCAAAUGGGUUUUGUGUGGUUCUGCUCUUGAUACUGCCCAGAAGGAAACUCUAAACAAUUUUGCAAAUCUUAUCGGUGCAACUAUCUCUAAGACAUGGAGUCCAGCUGUAACCCAUGUAAUUGCAUCUACUGAUGCAAAUGGUGCUUGUAGAAGAACGCUGAAAUUUCUGAUGGCAAUCUUGGAAGGGAAAUGGAUACUGAAUAUAGAUUGGAUCACAUCAUGCCUCAAAGAGGGGUCUCCAGUUCUUGAAGAGGGAUUCGAAAUAACUCAUGAUAUUCAUGACACCUAUGAUGGACCAAAGCGUGGCCGACUGCGUGUUGAGAAACAGGAGCCAAAACUGUUUGAAGGGCUAAGCUUUUAUCUCUGUGGUGAGUUUGCUGCCUCUUUAAAAGGCUACCUUCAAGAUUUGGUUUCAGCUGCAGGGGGUGUUGUUCUACACAGGAAGCCUAUAAUGGACCAGCCGGAUUGCCAUAGUACAAUUGUGCUUUACAAUGUGGAACUUCCAGAAAUAAAGAAGCAUACUGAGAAACUUGAGGGUACAUCCGUUCGGAGCAGGCUCAAGCAAGCUAAGUCCCUAGCAGAUGCUUUAGGAGCUCAAUUUGCUGCUCAUACAUGGGUAUUGGAAUCUAUAGCUGCUUCCCAACUGCAGCCCACAUCUAAUGGCUGCUGAUUUUCAAAUGAACAAAAUAAUCUCAAGCUGGGAAUAUGGAUUUUGUCUUACACAGCAUCGAGCUAGGAGGCACACAUUUUAAUGCCAGUGUGCCCGCCCAUUCAUUAAUGGAUGUUUAGAUGAGUCAGGGAGGCACCUAUUGGCAACCAAUUGUUAAUCUUGAAUGUGUUCUGAAAAGCUUUGUAUUUAUUAAUUUUGCUUUUUCGAUACUUCUUGCUUUGAUGCCUUUAACGUUCAAUACAAAAUUCGAUGGUUAAUUUAUGCAAAUUUAACCAUACCCGUGUUUCUAAUAUAAUCAAUAUUAUGUCUUUUAUUUA